UCUCUGCUCACCCGCCCUCACCUGCGCCCCGCCCUCAGCUACCUGCCCGCUCCGCCCCGUGACGCGGCCCCGCUGCCUAUAAAGCGGGCGGCGGCGGCGGGCGGCCCCUAUGGAGCGCUGCGCACCGCCGGGUCCCCGCUCCGCCCGCGUCCUCUCCGCGUCACCGCCGCCCCCGGAGCCCCAAUGCGCGCCGCGGCGCUGCUGGCCGCGCUGGCCGUGCUCGCAGCCUGCCGAACCGCUGUCGCCUCCGAGCCCAACGGCACCGAGCCCGAGCGGCGCGGGGGCCCGCGGGAGCCUGAGCCCGCGCCGGGCUCCGACUACGAGGAGGAGGAGUACGAGGAGGCGCCGCUCGCGCACCAAUACCUGGUGGGGGACCUGGUCCGAGGUGAGCCUCAGGAAGGGGCGUGGAGUGGAACCUGUGGUUAAACCCAAGCCAGCAAAGAGGGGGAGUGAGAAGAAUGCUGGCAAACCGAGGAGGAGGAAGAAUAAAGGGAAGAACAAAAAGAAAGGGACUCCUUGUGAAAUGGAGUACAAAAACUUCUGCAUCCAUGGUGAAUGUGUGUACUUACAGCAUCUUCAGAUGGCAACCUGCAAGUGUUAUCAGGACUAUUUUGGUGAACGCUGUGGUGAACAGUUCAUGAAGACUCAAAGGAAGAAUGAUGUGGCAGACUACUCAAAGACUGUGUUGGUCGUGGUAGCUGUCCUGCUCUCCAGCAUCAGCUUUGUUGCUGUACUUAUCAUUGUGAUAGUGCAGGUCAGGAAAAAGUGUCCUCAGUAUGAAGAGAAAGAAGAAAGGAAAAAACUUCGACAAGAGAACAGAAAUAGCCAUGUUGGUGUAUAAAUUAGGAGAAAGCAGAACAACUCUGAUGUAGCCAUUGCCAAGCUGCAGGGGACCUCUGGCUACCUGACACAUCUACCUGGACACUGGGCUGGAGCUGUUGUCACUAAGCCCUGAUUCAUCAAGACAGAGGCUACUGCAGGGAGAUGCCCAAUGUGCCAUUUGCUGCUGAAUCACUUGCUGGGGAGGACAGUUAACUGCUACAGCUUGAUACAACAAUGUGGAAGGAGCUGCCACUAUAAAGGUAGAGGGCUGCUAUCAAGACCUGCUGGAGACUACUCCUGAGCUUUCUCUAUUGGUGCUGGACCUCCAGACUCUGCAUGUAUGUGGAUGGACUUUCUUCUGCUAGCAAGUCUCCUUUGGCAGCUCUAGCCCCGAGGGGCAGAAGUUGUGGCUCCCAGGAGAGCAAGAUGGAGGGGAGGAGAUUCCUCUCUUCCAAGGUAGAGAAGGGAAGAGCUCAUCUCACUAGACCUCAGUGGACAAAACCAAAUUCUGCUGUUGCUGUGUGUGCUCCCUGUUGAUAUCUGCUUCAAAGAAUUUCAUCUCUAAUUCUGACUUGCAGGGUGUUGGUGACAGGUCUGUCAACCACACCUGGGUUCUGUUACUGUACAUGUGGAAGGUAUGCCCUCUGAACCCAGUAGGACUUAUUGUGUGAGUGGAGCUAUCAAUUUGUGUGUGUGUGAUGCAGAGUUAAAACUCAUCUCAAGAUGCUGAGACAACAAAUGUGAGAUCUGAAGCUCUGUCUCUGAAGGAAUACAUGUGCUCAAACAAGCUGAUAAGUCUGGACACUGAUGUUGCAGCAUCUCUCCAUUGGCUGAAACAAAAUGCUUCUGUUAUCCAGACGGUUGGUGCUGCUUGCACUUGAAGUCGAGCAGUUUAAUCAGAUCUGGCGAUAUGAGAACUUGACCAAAAAAAACCAGUUCCUUUGAAGAACUAAAUUCAAGCAUUGUUACUCAGCACGCGGUGGUCUCCUAUGCUCUUCAUUAUGAUGUGAAGAACUUGACUUACCUCAAACCUUUCUGACCCAGCUAUCCUCAGUUUCUUGAUGUCUGUGAAAUUUUGAGCACAGAGUAGUAUUUGAGUUCAGUUUCUUCUUGGAAGAGUGAAUGUGUUCUGUAUAAACAGAGCAGAAUUCUUCUGGUAGCAGAGCAACACCAUUAAUUGUCAAGACAUAUCUGUAAAUGUGUAAAUAUUUAUUAUUGUAUUUAAUAUUUAAUGCUUCCAUAACAAACUUAUUUAUUUUAUAAUUAAACUUUUUACAUAAUCUAA